AUGCCCGUGAUACCUGCCCUUGUCGCUGCUAGGCGCCGCGUCCACCUCGUGAGGUCCCAAGAGAGAGAUUCUGCUCCAGCACGGCCCCAGGUUCCCGAGCAGGACGCCGCUGUCACGGCCCUCCUGGCCGAGUGCGGCCAGGACCUGGAGGAGUGCGACGUGGAGGACAGCCCAGAGCUGGCGCCGCUCAAAGAGGCCCUCCUGCGCGCCCGGCGGCGCAGGGACGAGGCCCUGGGGCAGCGGGAGGCCCUGGAGGCUGAGGCGCAGGAGCCGGUCGCCGCCGCGGCCGCCGCCGAGGACCAGGGCGAGGCCCCUGGCCCCGCCGGCGAGGACCCGCUGCUGGAGGACCUGCGCAGCAAGGUGAGGGAGCUGGAGCACCAGGCGGCGGCCGCCGCCGUGGCCUACGAGUCCGCGGACCGCAUCGCGGCGGCGGCCAUGGAGGCCGCGGAGGAGGCAGUGCGUGACGAGAUGGAGUGCAUCGCCGUGUUCAACGAGGUGGAGAGCGCGCUGGCCAAGACCAUCGAGGGCCUGCGCCAGCUGGACAGCACCUCCGACCGCCAGGAGGAGGAGUGGGACCGGGCCUCGCACUCCUCUCGUGCCUCUGGCGGCUCGCUCUCGGUGUCGGAGGCCACCGAGGCGGCGCUGGCCGCCGUGGCCGUCAGCACGAGCCCCGACGCGCUGGCCAAGGUCGCGGCAGCCGACGCAAAGCUGGAAGAUGGGGUGACCCCCGUGACCAGCCUGCCCACCGGCGCCAGCGCCGGCAGCGCCGCGGUCGCCGCGGCGGCCGCGGCGAAGAAGAAGCGGCAGGCGGCCAAGAGGCCGCUGUCCGUCUACGUCAUGGCCGCGGUGUUUGUCGCGGCGGCGGCGUCGGCGGCUCAGUACUUGGGCAUGUUUGCAGCGCUGGCGGCGGGCGUGCAGCUGGCCGCGGAGCGCGCGGGCGCCGCGCUGGCGGUGGGCCGGGGCCUGGUGGCGGGCCUGCCCUGGCCCCACAUCCACAUCCACGACUCCGAGAAGGGGCUGCUGGAGACCAUCUGGCUCCUCCUCUCCUCCGUCAUCACCGUCCCCCUCAUCUGCAAGCUCCCCGGCGGUUCCGCAGUCCUGGGCUUCCUUGCCGGCGGGGCUAUCAUCGGGCCCUACGCCCUCGGCAUCAUCCAGAACGUGUCUUCCGUGCGCCACAUUGCGGAGCUGGGCGUAGUCUUCCUCCUCUUCAACAUCGGGCUGGAGCUGUCCUUCGACCGCUUGGCGUCCAUGGGCAAGAUGGUGUUCGGAAUGGGCUCCGCCCAGGACCUGGCGGUGGUGGUGCUGCUCAUGCUCAUCCCAUUGCUCACACCCUCGCCCGAGAAUGCCGCAGCGGGGGGAGUGGAAUCCCUCAUCCGCAUCUCCAAGGCCAUCGGGGUGGCGGCUGUCAAGGCCGUGACGUGCAUGGCCACCAUCACGGUGGUGGGGCGGUGGGUCCUGCAGCCACUGUACCGCCGGGUUGCAGAGACGCGCAACCCCGACAUCUUCGCCGCUAUGACGCUCCUCGUCGUGCUCGGGACGUCGCUGAUCACCCAGCUGGCGGGGCUGAGCCUCGCCCUGGGCGCAUUUCUGGCGGGCCUCCUGCUGGCAGAGACCCCCUUCCACCUCCAGAUAGAGGCGGACAUCGCGCCGUACAAGGGCCUGCUCAUGGGCCUCUUCUUCAUGACGGUGGGCAUGGAGAUCAGCAUGGGCCUGCUCGUUGCCAAGCUGCGCACUGUGCUCGCCGCCAUGGUCCUGCUGAUCGGGGGCAAGGUGGCCGUCAUGGCCGGCGUGGGCCAGGUGUUUGGCCUCAGCCUCGUCCAGAGCCUGCGUGCCGGCCUGCUCCUCUCCCCCGGCGGCGAGUUCGCCUUUGUCCUCUUUGGCGAAGCGGUGACCAAGGGCAUCCUGAACGCCGCGAUGGUACAGGAGCUGUACCUCGUGGUGGCGCUGUCCAUGGCGCUGACCCCCUUCCUGGCGGAGUGGGGUGCGCGCCUGGGCAAGAUCCUGGAUAAGAAGGACAUGAAGACUAUGCAGCCGCAGGAGAAGGAGGUGGAGGGGCUGUCCGACCACGUCAUCAUUGCAGGAUUUGGGCGGGUAGGCCGCCUGAUCGCCGAGAUGCUCAGCGAGCAGUUGAUCCCUUUUGUCGCGCUAGAUGUCGACGCCAAUCGAGUGGCGGAGGGCCGUGCGCUGGACCUGCCCGUCUACUUUGGGGAUGCCGGGUCGCCUGCCGUGCUGCACGCUCUGCGCGCUGAGAAGGCUGCCUGCGCCGUCAUCACGCUGGACACCCCCGCCGCCAACUACCGGAGCGUCUGGGCCCUGCACAAGCACUUCCCACUCGUCAAGACAUUCGUGCGCGCGCACGACGUGGAAAACGGUCUGCAACUUGAGAAGGCAGGGGCCACCGCCGUCGUGCCCGAGACCCUGGAGCCGAGCCUGCAGCUGGCGGCCGCCGUCCUGACAGAGCUGGACAUCCCCGAGGGCGAUGUGGCCGAAGCCAUCCGGGACCUGAGGCGGACGCACCUGUCGGAGCUGCAGGAUGUGGCGCGGAGGAGCAGGACGAGCCUGGGGUACGAAGUGGUGGGAGAGCAGCUGCGGGCCGUCACGGGCCCUGAACUCAACGGCGCAGGUCCCCUGGAGCCCAGCCUGGCAGCCCCCUGA